UCGUGUUUCUCAUAUAGUACACCCUCAUCCAGCUAAGUGUGGAUUGUCAGAGCUGCCGUUACAACUUUUGAACACCUCAACAUAGCCUGUCAGCUUUGGAGAGAGGCAUGAAAGACUCCUGGCUCUCUGCCUUCCUCAACCAUUUGAGGUAACACCUAUAUUUACCAAGCAUGCCAGUAUGUAAACUUCAAAUGGUGACUGAAAGAAGCUGUAAAGCUGAAGAAGGCUAUGCAAGAGAACAACUUGUGAACUAUUUAAUGACAUGCGAGGAAAAUAGUCUGGCAGAUAUAACACAAUAUCAAACUACUUGUCAGGAGGAAUCCAGGUUGCCUUCUGUUGGGACACUUCUACCAUGGGAAUCCAAGAAAUUAAAACCAUCUCACUGCACUGAUAGGGUAUGGCAGCAGCACCGCCACAGCAGAAACAUGCCAAAUUCCUUUUUCGAAUCAAAUGACUGAUGAGAAAGUAGGCUGCUGUUUUCAUUUUUUUUCAUCAGUCAUUGACAGAAGGAGCAUGGUGACAAGGGGUCAUCUUCUUAAUCAUUUCCCUCUUCAUCGUUUGCUGAAGAUCGCAUAACUUUUAGCUAGAGAGAGUACAUCUGACAUUUCAGCCCACGUGUGUUGAUGGUUUUGUAUUUUUGUUACAGACACAAAAGCUUGUAGACUUCAAAGUCAUCUUUAGCAAGCCAUUAUGAAAUGGGAGAAGUUAAAGCCUCCUGAGCCAGAUGAUCCUAUGUGUUGCUGUGAGUGUGACUACGACCAGUACGGAUGUUGCUGUGACUGUGAAGAUCUGGAUGAAGCCUUUAACAGGUGGCUGAAAGACAGACCUAAAGGUGGAUCUCAGUCUCCUGUACUUGGGGCCAUGAUUGACAAACUGGAGAUCUCCAUGAUCCCGGCCCUGGUGCUGCUACCUGUCUUGCUGCGGGUUGCAGCGCUGCACUACCUGCUGGGUAUCAUCAUCCUGACAGCUCUGCCCAUCCUGGUGCUGUGGUACUACUACGCCACGCACAGAAAGAAGAGACGCACUCUCUUCUUCCUCACUCUUGCACUCUUCUCCCUGUUCCACAUGUAUUAUCUCUUCAUCACAGAGAUUUUACCUUGUGGGGACGUCAGCCAGCUGCAGGUGUGUGCUGUGACCACUGGGGUGAUUCUCACUGUCAUCUCUCUUAUUCACACCAAGAGAGGCGCAGGAUUGGUGACCACUUCACUAUAUAUGGCACACAGUCACAGUCUGGAGGCUAACGAGGGCUCCGCACACCGUAAUGGAUCUAUCCAAUCAGCAGCCUCCUCAGGGACUGCAGCAGAGUUUCAGACAACAAAAGAGGUCGUGGCAACCAAAUGGAGCACCUGUCCUGUGUGCAAAAUAAUGCGACCCCCACGGGCCGGACACUGUCGAACCUGUGGAUCCUGUGUCCAGCGUCUGGACCACCACUGUAUCUGGAUAAACAGCUGUGUUGGACAGGCAAACCACCGCAGUUUCCUACUGACCCUCUGUGUGUUCGUGUUGACCUCUCUGUAUGGAAUCAGUUUGGUGCUCUGCAGCCUCUGUCCUCAACAGUAUCUACUGACGGCUCUCCUCUACUGCCCCGGCGUCUACAGCCAGUCCAGCAUGGCACUUUGCUUCACCUGUGCUUGGUACAGCAGCAUUGUCACCGGUGGACUGCUUCACCUGUUGGUGGUACAAGUUCUGAAUAUCAGCUUCAAUGUGACGGAGCGCGAGGCUCAGCUGGCUCUGAGGAACAAAACGGGCCAGAGGCGCCUGUGGGGACUCGUCAUCAUGACAGGAGAGUAUUCACGUGGCUUCUGUCACAACUGGGUUGAGUUCCUCACCAUGGCAGAUGCCUCGCUUUCUCCUCGCUCCAGCCUCACUGACUUGGUCUAGUUUCACUUUGUACUCUCUAGUAGCAGUUGUAGUAGUAACAUUAUAACAGACACUGCAUUGCUUUUAGGAUAUAUCAGCUGACGUCUUCCAAUGCUUAUUGCAUUCCAGCCUCUUCAUACAUUACAUUAAAAACCAUUGAUAUUUCCCUGCAAAUCUAGGUCACAGAAUAUCAAGGUGCUAUCAAAAACCACACAUUAAUAAUUGUUUUGGUGUUGGAAGUUGUUGCACAAUUUCUUCUAGGAAAUAACAUAGUCAUAAGGCUGCAGGAAGCACCAUGUUACUGUACAUAUUUUCUCUACCUGCAGAAUGUGAACAACAUUUAUGCUGUCUGACUGAAAUCGAAAUAUCAAAAUAUUGCUGACUGCAUGUCAAUUAAGAAAUGAAAUAAAAAAAUCUUGUAAGAAAUGAAAGACACUGUGGGGUUUAAAUAAAAGAAGAACAGCCAUGAUUCAGUUCUGAUCUGUAUUUUAGGUAUCUGCCCUUAGGAUGCCUCCCUGUGGAGGUCUUCGGAGUCAAACUGGUAGAAAUCCCUGUGACCCGCUGGGGGCUUUAUAUAUCCCAUUAUAGCACUUGUGUUCAUUCAUCAUUUGUUAUAACAAAACAGGUAUGAAAAACUGGCACAGAACCAAUCGAGCACUGCAUCUGACCCCUGUGAGUGAGUGGUGGGUCAAAAGUUCCUGGAGCAGCUUCAGCCAUCUUUAAUGUUAUGACUGAUGCAAUCUGUAUUAACUCAAUAUUCUUCUCUGCAGUGCUCUGUUUUAUAGAUUUUUUUAAUGUAAUGGUUUUUGUCCUUUGCUUUCUGAUAGUGCCAGUGGUACUCCGAAAUACACAUUUUAAGACAUGCAGGGAUUGUAUCUGUAAAUAGUCAAUUACUAUUACAUAAUAUAAUUAUGUUUUUAUAUUAAGCUGAAGGCCACAGUCCUGUCCACCAUUGUAAUGUAUAAGAUUGAAUGUGUACAAGUAAAUCUAUUCACUCUUAUAUAGCAUAAUAAA